ACGGUGGGCGGAGCUUGUCCGAGCCAUUCGCCUCCCGGUCUCGCGGUGGUCCGGGUCUGCUCCGGGUCCGGGUCUCUGUAGUCUGUCUGCUGGGAACGUCUGUGCUGAGGGCUGUCUGCGCACCGAACCGGACCACAACCCAGACCCGAACCUGACAUCCAGCCUGGCCCGUGCUGGUCUGGGCCGGACCCGCCGUGUCGCCUCUUGCGGGUUUUCUCCCGCAGACUCACGCAGGAAGCUCCGCGGACUUUCCCGGAUUGUUUUUCGACACGACGACGACGACAUGCGGGACCGUGCGUGGACCGUGCGUGGACCGGGUCAGAACCAGGAUCAGCUCUGAUCCACAUAGAUGCGGAUCGAUCCGGUUCGGUCAGAUUCUGGAGAAGUCAGUGUGAACACAAAGAACGAUCCGGAUCCAACAAGUUUGAAGCUCCGCAGCUCCGGAACCCACCCGGACCUGAAGAGGACCGAGGAGAACCGCAACCCAUCCGGACCUGAUCCCACAGUGAGUUGGACCAACCAAGAAGUUUGGACCUGGUCUCAGAGAGGUCCUGGUCCACUUUAGAUGCGGACUGCUCUGCGGUCAGCGGGUUCACAGCUGCUCCUAGACCGCCCGGAACCAGAACCAUGGAGCUGACCCUGUGGAGCCUCAUCCUGCUCGGGGUUCUCGUCCUGGACCGGACUCAUGUGGGUUCUGCAGAGGAAGAGGUCCUGAUGAACACGAAGACGGAGACUUCUGACCUCAAAUGGACGAUCUUCUCGAAUGCCAAACCCGAGUGGGAGGAGGUCAGCGGUCUGGAUGAGGAGAACAACAGCGUGAGGACCUAUCAGAUCUGUCAGACCGACAGCUCGUCCAGCCAUUGGCUGCGCAGCGGCUUCAUCCAGCGUCAGGGCGCGUCGCAGGUCUACGUGGAGCUCCGCUUCACCGUCAUGGAGUGUUCGUCCAGGAGCACCCACCACCGCAGCUGCAAGGAGACCUUCAACUUGUACUACUACCAGGCCGACUCCAACGAGGCCACCUCCACCUACCCGCCAUGGAUGGAGAACCCAUACACCAAGGUGGACACGGUGGCUGCAGACUUCCUGCUGAGGAAAGGCGGUGAGCGUAAGUUUAACGUGAAGACGCUCAGACUGGGUCCACUGUCCAAGCGAGGUUUCUACCUGGCCUUCCAGGCUCAGGGCGCCUGCAUGGCUUUGCUGUCCGUCAGGGUCUUCUUUAAGAAGUGUCCCAGUCUGGUCAGCGCUCUGUCCUCCUUUCCGGAGACCGUCCCUCGGACUCUGGUCCAGGAGGCGCAGGGCGUCUGCGUGGAGCACGCCGCCCAGCAGGGGCCGCGGCCACGACCGCCGAAGCUCUUCUGUGGGGAGGACGGACAGUGGGUGGGCCAGCCGACCACGUCCUGCGCCUGUCUGGCAGGAUAUGAACCCUCUGAAGGACACGCGAGGUGCUCAGCCUGUCCCGUGGGUCAGUUUAAAUCCGGUACAGACGGUCAGUGUACCGGCUGUCCGGGCUUCAGCCAUGCCACCAUCAGAGGGUCAGCGGUGUGUGCGUGUCGCUCCGGAUACCUGCGAGCAGAGUCCGACGCCCCCGACACACCGUGCACCAGACCUCCGUCAGCUCCUCGCAGCAUCGUCACUCAGAUCAACGACACCACACUCAGCCUGGAGUGGAACGAGCCGCUCGACAACGGCGGCAGAAUGGACCUGAGCUAUGCCGUCCAGUGCUCGGUGUGCCAGGCGGCCCGCGGGCCAUGCAUGUCCUGUGGUGACAGCGUCAGCUACCGGCCAGCACAGCAAGGCCUGCUGGGACGGCGGGUGGAGGUGUGGGGUCUGCUGCCUCACACCACCUACACCUUCACCAUCCAGGCCAUCAACAGGGUCUCCCAGCUCAGCGGCAAGGAGCCCGCCAGCGAAAGUGUCAACAUCACCACAAGUCACGACGUGCCAUCACUGGUGUCGGUGAUCCGGAAGAGCGACUCCACAGAGAGCAGCCUGACUCUGCACUGGUCCGUCCCGGUUCAGCCGCACUACAGCAUCCUGCAGUACGAGCUGCGAUACUGCGAGAAGGAGCGCCGGACUGAAGAUCAAUGUCACUACGCAGAGAGUAACCGGAACCAGGUCGUACUGACAGACCUCCGCAGGGCGACGCAGUACGAAGUCCAGGUCCGAGCACGAACCAUGGCCGGGUACGGCAGCUUCAGCCCGGCCGCUGUCUUCCGCACGCUUCCUGAUGGUCAGGACUCGGCCUCUCAGUUUUUGGUUCCCGGUGUGCUGAUCGCCGUGGGGAUGUUGCUGCUCGCCACGUUUGUGUUCGUGGCGAUCUUCUGCAUACGCAGACACAGCCGGCUGAAGGAUCCUGAGCUGAGUGACAAAAACAGCCAGUACCUCGUCGGACAAGGGGUCAAGGUGUACAUCGACCCGUUCACCUACGAGGACCCCAACGAGGCCGUGCGAGAGUUUGCCAAGGAAAUCGAUGUUUCCUUCGUCAAGAUCGAGGAGGUCAUCGGAGCAGGAGAGUUCGGCGAGGUGUGUCGGGGCCGGCUGAAGAUUCCCGGGAAGAAAGAAAACUACGUGGCCAUAAAGACGCUGAAGGGCGGCUACACGGACAAACAGAGGCGGGACUUCCUGUCCGAGGCGUCCAUCAUGGGUCAGUUCCAGCACCCAAACAUCAUCCACCUGGAGGGCAUCAUAACGGCGAGCUGCCCCGUCAUGAUCCUCACCGAGUUCAUGGAGAACGGAGCGCUCGACUCCUUCCUACGGGUAAACGACAGUCAGUUCACACCCAUCCAGCUGGUCGGCAUGCUGCGCGGCAUCGCCUCGGGGAUGAAGUACCUGUCUGAGAUGAGUUACGUUCAUCGUGACUUGGCGGCUCGAAACAUCCUGAUCAACAGUAACCUCGUCUGUAAGGUGUCUGACUUCGGCCUGUCACGGUUCUUGCAGGAGAAUUCGUCCGACCCGACCUACACCAGCUCGUUGGGAGGGAAGAUCCCGAUCCGCUGGACGGCUCCGGAGGCAAUCGCCUUCAGGAAGUUCACGUCGGCCUCGGACGUGUGGAGCUACGGCAUCGUGAUGUGGGAGGUGAUGUCGUUUGGAGAGCGGCCAUAUUGGGACAUGAGCAACCAGGACGUGAUCAACGCCAUCGAGCAGGACUACCGACUGCCCCCCCCUCCCGACUGCCCCACCCACCUGCACCAGCUGAUGUUGGACUGCUGGCAGAAGGACCGCUCGGCCCGUCCUCGCUUCGCGGACCUCGUCAGCGCACUGGACAAACUGAUCCGAAACCCGGCGUCACUGAAGAUCGUGGCACAGGAAGGAGCGGGGCCGUCCUACCCCCUCCUGGACCAGCGAGCUCCUUUAGCCCUGUCGGCGUGCGCCUCGGUGGGGGAAUGGCUGCGAGCCAUCAAGAUGGAGCGCUACGAGGACAGCUUCCUGCAGGCCGGCUUCAGCUCGGUGGAGCAGCUGCAGCAGAUCAGCACGCAGGAUCUGCUGCACAUGGGCGUGACGCUGGCCGGCCAUCAGAGGAAAAUCCUCUCCAGCAUCCAGACCAUGACGUUUCGGAACAAGAGCGCGGCAGUCGUGAGCUUCUAGCUCACCUGUCCGAACCUGGACAUGAACACCAGCACACGGCUGCAGCCCGAGACUGAUCAUCAUGACCGAUCAGCUGACCGAUCAGCUGACCGAUCAGCUGACUUUAUCAAUGACCAGAAAUUAAAAAGAUUCUUCCCGUCAGGACGAGCGAGUCCUCGUCAUGGACGCCGAGCGCCGGACUCAUUUUUACUGUUUGUGUUUUUUUUUAAAUAAGACGUUGUUUACAACGUUUCUGUCACGUCGUCAUGGAAACAAUAUAAAAAAAUCACCAAAGGAGACAAAAUGAAGUCAGUGCCAAUCAAACAUUCAGCUUUCAUGUCAUCCGGACGAGACCGCGGACGCACCUGAACGUUUACCUCGUCUUUACUCAGGUGUGAUGCAGAGAGCGACCUCCAUCCUCAGCGUGACGCUCACAGGCGAGCGGCAGCGUCGUUUUAUUUGAUAUAACAAGUUUUAAUCUUUGGUGCCAUUCAGCUGUUUUUAUAAAUCUGUGUGAUUCUCUUUGAAUGAACUGAAAGGAUGACUUUGACAUUUUGGAGCCGGAGUUUGUUUUCCUCCAUCAGCUGCUCAGCGUGCUAAGCUAACAGUUAGCUCAUGGCCUGCAGGGUGGAAUGCUAACAGCUAACAGCUGAGCUGCAGGCUAACAGGCUACAUAGCUAACAGGCUACAUAGCUAACAGGUUAACAGGCUACAUAGCUAACAGGCUACAUAGCUAACAGGCUACAUAGCUAAUAGGCUACAUAGCUAACAGGCUACAUAGCUAACAGGCUAGCUUGUGUUGCUCACACUUUUCUUUCUUUCAUCACGUCAGUCAAAUAUUUCUGCUUUUAGCAUUUAGCAUGGACACACAGCUAACAGUUAGCUCGUGGCCUGCAGGGUGGAAUGCUAACAGCUAACAGCUAACAGCUGAGCUGAAGGGUAACAGGCUACAUAGCUAACAGGCUAACAGGUUACAUAGCUAACAGGCUACAUAGCUAACAGGCUACAUAGCUAACAGGCUAGCUUGUGCUGCUCACACUUUUCUUUAUAUUUCUGCUUUUAGCGUUUAGCAUGGAAACACGGCUAACCGUUAGCUCGCUGCUUGUCCCCAUUGGUUUCAGAUUGGAAUGCUAACAGCUAGCGUAGCUCCUGAGUUCAAAAUGUCAAAGUGUCUCCGAGGACGACGUCAGCGUUUCCAAACAUUUGAAAUAAAUGUAACGUGUUUAUGUUUUCAUUUUUCGACCACGAUCUUUAAGUCAUCGCUCAGACGAGCUCAUUAACAUAAACUGAUUAUUGCAUCAGAUGGUUGUGCUACUGUUUGGUCCAAACGUUGAAGAAACAUUUGUGUUUGUCCUGAAGCUGGUAUUGUCACAGUGAGAGCUGCCUCUAAGGAUCAUGGGAAAUGCGGUCUUCAUAUUGAAGGUCUGAAAUAACGAGUAGUUUGAUUACGUCCUGUAGAUUACUCUGUAUUCAGUAUUCAUAAUAAACAUUCAGCUGUGUUUACCAA